AUGUCAUCGGACAUCACCCAGCCAGCCAUGGAUGGCGCGCUCCGCCCAAGAGCUGUCAAGGUAGCGAAGCUUGAGAACCUCAUCAAGGGAAUCGGUUAUCCCUACCAUAACGAGAGCACAAAAUUGGAGAUCGGAAACGGUGUGAUGGAACUGUGCAUCGGAAACUGGAAGUCAGAGUGGCCCACUUUUGACCUGCACAAGACCGACGAUGCCCGUCCUCAAGGGGGGUUCCAGCUAAAGGUCACGGACCUGGACAUGGUUGUUACAUUUGUGAUCAAGGGCAACUACCCCUUCGGAAUGGAUGGAUUGUGUGACAAUCUGGCCGACAUGUUCCAGAUGCCCGAGGAUCUCGGGAUGUCCGAUUUUAUCGUGGGAAAAGCUGCGGUCACCAAAAUCAUGAAGUCGAAGAAGAAGGGGACGGAAAAGUGGUCAACUCCAUUCACAACCUUCGGGUGCCGAGUGAACUGGAUGACCAGCGACGAUGAUCCCGCCGUGCUGAAGUACAAGUUUCUGCCGACGAAACCUUUGAACCAAGAUGAGCAGGUCAUUGUCAACAUCAACAAAUGCAAUGUCAACUUCCUGGGUGUUGCCCAAUCAAAUCUGACUGAAUACGGAGAGGCCAUGGCUGUGCCAAUUCGGAUCUGGCUGUGCACCAGGUGGAUGGCGGAGAAGUCUGGCGGCGCAGACAACAAUCUGUUUGGCAAGGUGUCAACCACUGAGAUCCCCAAAACUGCGCGCAAUACCAAUCCCCAGAAGCUUGAUCAUACCUCUUCGGAGGAACCAGAAGGUCAGGGGCAACGCCCGGAAGCGGUGGAUCGUCAAGCGGCAAUGGAUGAGAGUAUCUCCGAUCUCGAUUCCAGCGCUGAAAAAAGUAAUGAGUGUUUGAUGGCAGAGCUCACGUUUGGUGAUGGCGGUGAUACUGCGAUUGACGCUUAUACUCCGGGCCUAGCCCUACGUGGUGACUCUUUGCAGGGUGUGCAAAACCAAAAGAGCAGUCCAACUGCUCUGACUGAGCGACGACUAGCCAUCGUUGGCAAUCUCACAGUCACUGUACCCCAGCUACCUCUUACUCCCACUGCCUUGAUGACCACCAUGACAUUGUCAUACGAGACAGCCCGAUCUCACCUCUCACCUCCUACGUCCUCCCCCAACUCUCCUCUCUCUCCUUUCAGAACUCCCCCAUCGGGUAGAGAAGAGGCAGAGGAUGGGGAAGUGUGCGAAAAGUCAGAAGGAUUGGCCUUACCUGGUGAUCAGCCGAUUCUUACUUCGCCGACUACGGAGGUUGCAUGUGAGCUUCGGUUCCCUGUCUCGGGGAAGGACGAGCCGUGUUUUUCUGACCCUGAAGACUACACCAACUACCGCGCGGUGGUUGUUGCGGUGGACUUCCCUCGCGAGGAGUCCGCCGAUGCGGUCAGACUGGGCCUGUUCGAAGGGCUCCAGAACAACACACGUUCGUCCUUCCCGGCCAACUCCACCUUGUUCCUUGACCUGAUUGAGGGAGGGUCUACAGCAGAUGAGGAGCAAUCCGCAACGGCUGGUGUUCGGGUUCCCUUCCAGGACCCAGCCUGCUCCGAAUCUAGCUCCCUUCCCAUGACGGUCAAGACUUCCCAGGAGAGGGAGAAGUACAACUCUUACAGGCUUGGUCACAUGUCUGGUACUGACUCUUCUUCGGGCAAUGGUGGAGGAGGCCACCACUCAUCUCCCCUCGUGGGAAUCACCAAGGAAGUAGGAUCCCCCACAGCCGAGCAGAAGGGCAACAACCUCAUUUCCGAAGUAUGCAGACCCCGAACCCUUGCCGAGGCCGUUUUUCCUUGUGCGCUUGAAGGGUGUCUGGUGCUCUGCAGUCUUACGGACGAAAUGAGUGUUGUGUGCCCGAAGUGCGGACCGUAUUCAUCGGUUCGCUACUGCGGCAAGGAACACCUGUGGGGUGACGCCAUUGUGCACUGGGAGCAUUGUGGAGGGUAUUCCCUCCCAUACCAGUGCCUGGCAGGACCGCUUCCAGAGGGGAUUCUCGUGGGUCCACCCAUGGUGCCAAGCUUUCAUGGCUGGGACAGCCCUGAACGUCAUCGUCAAGCGCUGUGGUUCAGUUCCGCAGCCAAUCAAGGCGAUUAUUUCGUCUUCGCGGACUCUGUUCUCAACCAGCUGAGAUCGAUUGGCACUUCAGCAAGUCACGGGCCACGUUGUUCAACCCGAGUCGUACUCACCGUGCGAUUCGACAACCCCAUACGGAAAGAUCGCUUCCGUCGUCUGUUGGCGAUCUGCCUGUUUGGGGGUGUUGAAUAUCGUGGUCUCGUUGGCGUUCUUUUCCGGUUUAUCCGGGGCUGGAUGAAGUUCCAUCAAGUAUGGGACCACAUGGAGGAGAACAUUCUGGUUGAUCAACUUGAGCGAGAGAUGGGCAACUUUAUCCCUACCUCGCACAUUUGUCAGCACAAUGUUCGGGAGAAUGAGUGGACUGGAGCCGACCAAAGCCCCUCCGACGAAUCAAGCCACAGACACUGUGUGCCGCCGCAACAAAGACUUCAAGAAGAUCUAGAGGUGGGACGGGGUCUCGAGGGAUUGUGCAAUGACCUGGAGUCCACUUGUUGGAUUCUGCGAGCACACCGAACCACCCACCCUACGAUCAGAAGUGUGGUGGCCCGCGUGCGUGGUGAUGGUUUCGAUGGGGUCCUGCCAUGGGACCGACGUGUUUGGCGUCGGGGCGAAGGUUGGGACGGGUUUGGCAAUCCCGCCGAAUGGUAG